AUGGUUGGGUUCAAAUUGAGUGACCAGUACAGUUCCCCCAUUCCUGCGGCGAGAUUCUUUAGGGCCUUGAUUGGGGACUUCCACAACCUUAUCCCCAAGCUCAUGCCUGAAGCUAUCGGGAGCAUUGACAUCGUCCAAGGCGACGGAGGAGCCGGAACCAUUAUGCAAAUCAAUUUCACUGAAGGUAGGGAACUCAGUUUCAUUAAGAGCCGAGUAGAUGUGCUAGAUGAAGAGACAAUGACGUGUGUGUACAAACUGAUUGAAGGCGGUCAAUGGUUGGAGAAGUUUGAAUCCGUUGCUUACGAAAUUAUGUUCGGGCCGACCCCAGACGGCGGGAGCAAGACCAUAUUAGCCAGCACAUACUACCCCAAGGGCAAUUUUCAGUUCGACGACGAAGAAAUCAAAGCUGGCAGAGAGAGAGGCUUAGGAAUAUACAAAGCCGUCGAAGCAUACCUUCUCCAAAACCCGGAUGCUUAUGCUUAA